GUUAGAGUAUGAUGCCCAUAAACACCAUAUAAUUCUUUACCCUCAUCCUCCUUCCCCCCAUCCAUCUGCUCUAAUAUCUCUUUUCUUUCUAACUACUAGUAACAACACUGAAUUCUUGAAACCAAACCAAGAAUAUUAAAAAUAAAAAUAAAAAUAAAAAUGAAAGAAGACCAACAGCAACAACCACAACCACCUCUCCACCACCACCGCCGCCGCGUCGCCGCUUUCACCCACAAGAACUUCACCAAACCUACCGCCUAUCUCAUCCUCCUCCUCCUCUCCUACGCCUUCGGUUAUCUCUCCUCCCCAUCCUCCACCUCCCACCACCACCACCAUCAGCACCCCUCUCCUCUACCCCCAACAAUUCCCCAAUCCACACUCUCCGACACCACCGUCUUCGCCGCCGACAAAGACCACUACCGUUUCACAACUCAGUGCGCCGACCCAGUCCCUUCCAAACUCGUCCGCCAAACGAUUCUCGACCGAGUCUUCAACGGAACGUCGCCGUACGACAACUUCCCCCCGGCGCACGCUAGCACUCUCCUCCGCCGGAAGAGAAUCAAAGGGUGGGGCUCAUACGGCGCCGUAUUCGAGAACCUAAUCCGCAAAGUAAAACCCAAGACCAUAAUCGAGGUUGGCACGUUCUUGGGCGCCUCGGCGAUUCACAUGGCCGAGUUGGCGAGUGGACUCGGCCUGAAGACUCAAAUCGUCUGUAUCGACGAUUUUCGAGGAUGGCCCGGUUUUCGCGACCGGUUCAGGGACAUCAAGAUGGUGAACGGCGACGUUUUACUUCUGUACCAGUUCAUGCAGAACGUGGUUCAAUCAAACGCGACCGAGUCGGUUCUGUAUGUUCCGUUUGCCACCGGGUCGGGUCUUGAGAAACUGUGUCAGUGGGGCGUGUUUGGGGACUUAAUCGAGGUUGAUGCGGGUCAUGAUUUUCAUUCGGCCUGGUCAGAUAUAAACCGUGCUUAUAAACUGCUCAGACCGGGUGGUGUUAUUUUUGGGCAUGACUACUUGACGUCGGCUGACAAUAAGGGGGUGAGGAGAGCUGUGAAUAUGUUUGCCCGAGUCAAAGGACUCCGAGUCCAACUCGAUGGCCAACACUGGGUCAUUGACUCAGCCUAGCUCUCAACUUCAAGGUCAGUAAUUUCCUAUCCAUUACUUCAAAUUUAGAUGAUAAUAAUAAAUAAUAAAAAAAAUUGGAAAAAAAUAAUAAUAAUAAGAUGUGUUACAUGUACAUAAAUUAUUCACAAAAGAGAGACGAGGGACACUUUGCACUUCACUCAACACAAGAUGAGAGUAAUUCUAAGCAUACAAAAAUUAGUUAGAGAAUUAAAUACAGAACUUAUAUUGGUGUAUAGGAUUGUUUAGAACUGGACCCAUAAAUUCUGUAAAAUUUUAUUAUGUUCUGUAUUGUAUUGUAUUUUUUUUUUUAUUUGAAUUUUGUGUUUGUAAUAGAACUGUACAAGAAUAAUGAUUAUAUAUAUAUAGACAUGUGUUUUUAA